CUGUUAUCUUUUUAUUUUGAAAACGGAACCGCCGCCGUUGUCCUGGUACUGUGAAGACAACAACUAUAACAUCUGACCAUUUAAAGAUGGAGAGUCUAGACUAUUCUGAGGAGGAGAUUCAGCUGCAGUUAGCUGCACUUGGAUACAGUAAUAUUCCCAAAGAAAGACUGCGGGAAUUCAAGCGAGAUCUAGAUCAGCUGAUUCGUCAUGAAAAGUCAAAGAGUCACAGCUCCAGUGAAUGGACUUCUCCAACAUCUCACAGCAGUUCCAGCAAAAGUCCACCAGCGCUUAUUAAGGAAAAGGUCCAACUGAACAACAUUGGUCCCAGUUGUAACUACGUUCUCUUGAACACCAGCUCAGCGGGGCAACAGAGAGAGGUAUGAGUUUUUAAAGAGACG